UGGUCCCAGCCGCACCCAUCCCAUUGCAGAACAACUGCCACCUCCAGCUUGAAACACACCAGAUUCAAACUGGGCCGGAGAAGGUGGUGCUGAGCAUUGCCACCCUCGGGGAAGACAACCGAAGCUGUUCAGACCUGCCUUGCAACACUCGGCGUCGCACAAAUCCUACCUGGCGAUCUGAGCACCUUCUCUCUCUGUCUCCUUUUUCUCUUUCCUCCUCCUUCUCUUCCUAAUGGCCACUUACAAGGUCCAGGUGGCCACUGGCGACUACAUGCUGGCCGGCACCUAUAGCAGCAUCUCCAUCACUUUGGUUGGGACCCAAGGAGAAAGCACCAAGCAUCGCCUGGACAACCUGGGAAAGGAUUUCGUACGGGGGGCAGUGGAUGAGUACCAGUUGUCCAUUGAAGAAGACCUGGGUCCCCUCCUCCUGAUCCGACUCCACAAGGAGCCCUACUUAUUCUUCCCAAAGGACAGCUGGUUUUGCAGUUAUGUCCGGGUGACAAGCCCGCAAGGAGAGACCUGGCACUUCCCUUCGUACCAAUGGUUGGAGGGGUAUGGCACCCUGACUCUCCGGGAAGGGACAGCCAAAAAGGUUUCUGAUGACUUGAGCAACCCACAGCUUCUGGAGCUUCGCAAGGAAGAGCUGAAAAAGCAGCAAGAAAUCUACAGUUAUGGGGAAUAUGCGCCAGGCUGGCCAAGGUGCCACAACGUUAGUAAAGUCGAGGAGCUCAAUGCCAACUCCCAGUACCUCUUCAGCAUGACCACCGUCUUCGCCAUGCGGGCCGUCAAGUCGGAAUUUGAGCUCAGGCUGAAAGGCUUCUCGAACCUCAGGGAUUCUUGGCAAAACCUGGAAGAUCUCCGCAAAGUGUUCUGGUUCAACAAAACACCUGUUUCCGAAUAUGUCACAGAACAUUGGAUGGAGGAUGACUUCUUUGGCUACCAGUACCUAAAUGGAGUCAAUCCUGUGAUGAUCCAGAAAUGCACCAAGAUCCCAGACAACUUCCCUGUAACCAACGAAAUGGUGGCUGGCUGCUUGGGGACCUCCACGACCCUCCAGGAAGAGAUGCAGAAAGGAAACAUCUUUAUUGUUGACUACAAGAUCCUUGAUGGCAUCCCCACUUGCGAAAUAGAGGGGAAACCCCAAUACAUCACAGCCCCACUCUGCUUGCUACACCUUAACUCCAACGGGCAGAUGAUGCCAUUGGCAAUCCAGCUCAAGCAGACCCCAGGUUCUGGGAAUCCCAUUUUCCUGCCCACUGACCGCAAAUGGGACUGGAACCUUGCCAAGAUCUGGGUGCGGCUGGCCAACUUCCACGUCCACGAGGUCAACACCCACCUCCUCGAAGCCCACUUCCUUGGCGAAGUCUACGCCAUGGCCACUCUUCACCAACUCCCCAUGUGCCACCCAAUCUACAAGCUCCUGAUCCCCCACACCCGCUACAUCUUCCACAUCAACACUCUCGCCCGCACCAAUCUGCUCAAGGCUGGAGGGUUACUCGAUACGUCAACUGCGACCGGCCGGGAUGGCAUGUUGCAGCUCCUCGCCAGGGGCACUCAGGUGACCAAGUACUCUUCCCUUUGCCUCCCAGAUGACCUUGAAGAGCGAGGGGUCGCCAACGUGCCCAAUUAUUACUACAGGGACGAUGGGAUGAAGAUAUGGACUGCCAUAAACAAGUUUGUCUCUGGUAUUGUUGGGGUGUACUACAAAAGUGAUUCAGAGGUAAAGAAUGACCCUGAAUUACAAGCCUGGAUCGAUGAAAUCUUCACAGAAGCUUUCUUGGGCAGAGAGUCCUCAGGGGCUCCUUCCUCCCUGGAAACCGCGGCUGAACUCAUCAAGUUCCUCACCAUGAUCAUCUUCUGCUGUUCUGCACGACAUGCGGCUGUCAACAGCGGCCAGUUUGAUUUCGCUACCUGGAUGCCCAACACGCCAGCCACUUUACGGCAACCCCCUCCCAAAGUCAAGGGCACGGCCACCUUGGAAAGCAUCCUGGACACGCUUCCAGACAUCAGCUCCACCUGCGCACUUUUGGUGGUGCUCUCCGUCGUGAGCUAUGAGCUGGCUGACCUGAGACGCCUGGGCCAUUACCCCGAUGAGCAUUUCAGCGAAGAGGAGCCCAAAAGACACAUGGCGGCCUUCCAAGCAAGCCUGGCUCUCAUCUCUAAGGAGAUUGAGGAAAGGAACUGGGCUCUGCCCCUCGCCUACAACUACAUGAACCCGGCUGUAGUGGAGAACAGCAUCACCGUGUAACCUCCGAGGAACUCUUCUUGCCAUCGGUCCCAACUCUUGUUGGUUUUCAGGAAGGACAAUGAGGACAGAUGCCUUUGUUUUGGCCUCUGAAAUUCAUUUGAUGUCUAUUGAAUGUUGUGCUUUAGCAACGGAGGGUGGACUGACUAGCUCUUCGGGUCCCUUCCAGCUCUAGGAGUCUAUGAUGAUUUGUCUUCAGAACUAGAUAGCCAUUUUGCAUGCUGAUUUUUUAAAUGGGAAAAGCAGACAUGAAGU